GCUUCGUCUCGCUGAUUUUAGAUUGAAUUUGAGACAGGAUUUUACUAUAAAAUAAAAUAUAUACUAUUAACAUUGUAAGAAAGUUUCCAAAAAAUAAAAAGAAAUGGCUGCUCAGCUCUUCAACAGAAUUGGUCAAGUGGGCCUCGGUGUGGCGCUGGUUGGAGGUGUCGUGAAUUCUGCCCUUUACAACGUUGAUGGUGGUCACAGGGCCGUGAUCUUCGACAGAUUUGCUGGUGUCAAAAACUUGGUGGUUGGUGAGGGUACCCACUUCUUUGUGCCGUGGGUGCAGAGACCUAUCAUCUUUGACAUUAGAUCUCGCCCUAGAAACGUUCCUACUGUCACUGGAAGUAAAGAUCUCCAAAAUGUAAACAUCACACUCCGUAUCCUGUUCAGACCAAUUCCUGACCAGCUGCCGAGAAUUUACACCAUCCUUGGUGUAGACUAUGAUGAGAGAGUGUUGCCAUCUAUUACUGCUGAAGUUCUGAAGGCUGUUGUUGCACAGUUUGAUGCUGGAGAACUCAUUACACAGAGAGAGGUUGUGUCACAAAAAGUGAACGAGAGUUUGACUGAGAGAGCAGCACAGUUCGGCCUUAUCUUAGACGACAUUUCAAUUACACACUUGACAUUCGGCAAGGAGUUCACACAAGCCGUCGAGUUGAAACAGGUCGCGCAACAAGAGGCUGAGAAGGCGAGAUUCCUCGUAGAAAAGGCUGAACAACAGAAGAAAGCUGCUGUCAUUGCCGCUGAGGGUGACGCCCAAGCUGCUAUUCUCCUCGCCAAGUCCUUCGGCACAGCUGGUGAAGGUUUAGUUGAACUCCGUCGUAUUGAAGCCGCUGAAGACAUCGCCUACCAACUAUCUAAAUCCCGCAACGUUACUUACCUACCACAGGGUCAAAAUGUUCUUUUAAAUCUUCCCACACAGAACUAAUCUGCUUUUAAAAUAACGCUGGACGUGUUCACUACAAUAUCGGGAUGGGUUCUGUAUAAUGCAUUUGUAUUUAAAAAACUAAUAAAUGUUUAAGAAUGUUGCAUUUGUUGAGUCAAUGGUAUGGUUGCGCCAAUAGAUAGUAGUCCAUAUUAGUUUUAUGAAAAAUUGUAAUUACGCA